UUGACUACGGAACCCUAAAAACAGAGCUACUAAGAUGGUGUGAUACCUACCAAUUUUUAAUUUUUAGGUACUAAAACAAAGCGAUGCCUCCACGAGACUCACAAACCGUGCCUCUACGUAGCCACGAAAAGCCCGCGGCUUCGCUUCCACCAAGAAAAUAUGAGAUAAUUUAUCUGAAUGUAUUUCUUCAUGCCGGUGCCUUCAUCUCUUCUAUCUAUGGUCUUUAUCUGUGCUUCACCUCGGCACAAUGGAAGACAAUUGCCUUUGCGUACAGUUGGUAUGUGAUGGGCAUUCUGGGGGUCACCGCGGGCACGCACCGCCUGUGGUCACAUCGCUCUUACAAGGCGAAACCGCCGUUGCAAGUUCUCCUCAUGCUAUUUAAUUCUAUCGCGUUCCAGAACACGGCGAUAGACUGGGUGCGGAACCACCGCCUCCACCACAAGCACAGCGACACCGACGCCGACCCCCACAACUCUCAACGGGGCAUUUUAUUCUCACACAUCGGCUGGUUGUGCGUGAGAAAACAUCCGGACGUGAAAGAGUUUGGAAAGACUACCGACAUGAGCGACAUCUAUAGCAAUGCGGUGCUGCGCUUUCAAAAAAAACACAAAGUGCCUUUGUUCGGGGCGAUGUGCUUUGGGCUGCCGACGCUCAUACCCUUGCUGUGGGGAGAGAGCAUCAUUACGUCGUGGCAUGUCAAUCUGCUGCGGUUCGUCGCCGAUCUGAACAGCAUCUUGUUGGUCAACAGUAUCGCUCAUAAGUACGGUAACAGGCCGUAUGACAAGUCGAUAUGUUCGCGUCAGAACGGCACGUGUAAUAUCUGGACCUUGGGGGAAGGGUACCAUAACUUCCACCACACGUUUCCAUGGGACUACAGGUCAGCAGAACUUGGCACGAACUGUUUAAACUUCACAAAAUGGUUCAUAGAUUUCUUCGCCCUGAUUGGUUGGGCUUAUGACCUGAAAACUGUGCCUGACGACAUGAUCCAGAGGAGAAUGACAAGGACAGGAGACGGCUCUAAGCCCUGGGGUUGGGGCGACAAGGACAUGACGAAGGAAGAAAGAGAAAGCGCUACUAUCAUCUAUCCUGAUAAAUCGGAAAAGGAGGAUGAUGUGACUAAAAAAAUUGACAUCACUAGAAUAUUUUCUCAUGAUUAUUUUAGACUGUUUGAUGAGCUUUGAGUAGUGAACUUAGUUUUUAUAUUCCAUGAGCAUAAAAAUGAGUUGUAUUAGGCUCGUACAGUCAAGUGUAAACAUUUGUAUCGAUAAAAAUCAUCUCAUAAAUAUGGUACUUACUACGCUCUUAUUACACCGGACUAAGAUGCUAUGAGACAUAUUUUUGAGUAAGAUGUGUACACCCAUAUUUUCACACUUGACUUUACUUAUCCAGUUUAUGAAUCACAUCUGACUACCUGGUAGGUAUUACAUCACAUCAUCAUAUUUGGGCUCUUUUGAGGGUAGACUUUGGGGUUAAUUAUUCGGGGGUCUGGAUAUGUUCAAUAGAUUAAAAUGUUGACGUUAUAUACACAAUAAAUGAGCAAUGAGCAUGCGAACAAUCGUCUCCGUUCAUAGGCAAAGGGUUGAGACUUGAGACACUUGAAACGUAGACUAUCAAUACA